CAGGACAAGCAUUGUUGGGGGGGGCAUGGGGACCUCGGCUGAGCUCCCAGCGGAGGCAGCCCCAGGUGACUUCGUGCAAGAGGAGGCCUGAGGGGUGUGUGGAAAGGCCUGCCUGCUGCCUGUAGAGCCCGGUGGAGCGGGCAGAGCCCUGCCUGCUGAGCAGCGAGGUGCAGGUUCAAGUUCCUGUAGGAGAUGAUGCUUCUCUGGGCCUUUCUCCUUGUCAUCUGGUUGCCUCAGGUCAUGCUGGGAGGAUAUUGGACCUAUAACCUGAAAUGCUACGAUUGUUGGACCAUCAACAAUUUUAAGUGUCCACAAUUACUGUGUCCAACAGACCUCAGGCGCUGUAUGACCAUCUCUGUUCGUUUGAACAGUCGGGAGCUACUUGUUUACAAGAACUGUACGAGCAACUGCACGUUUGUGUAUCCAAGCGAAGUGCCUGAUGAAGCCCCAAGAGUCUUAAGAACUAACAGCUUCUAUUUCGUCCGUUGUUGUGGUGCAAUGACUUGCAAUGAAGGAGGGCCCACUAAUAUGGAGACGGAGAUCACACAGGACCAGACUAUUGAGGAUGAGUUAGAAGGAACUGUAUGCUUGGGGGAGUCAACACUUUCCCUGAGCAUUGCCUCCAUCCUGGUCAGCCAUACACUGACAUGAGAAGCCCUCUGGGAGGGUCUGAUCUCUUCCCUCAUUCCUCAGAGCAAGUUCACUCUCCUUUCCUCCCUUGUGAGCCAGGGAUACUGACCCACAGGGCCCCAGGUGGACCAGUUACCCUUUCCCAGCUUAUUUCAAGAGAGAAAUAAAGAACAUUAUUGCUUGGGCA